UUCAACUUGCUGUGCUCUCUGCUAGUUGAUUCACUUACUCACCCACUAACAUUGAGCUCCUUUUCACUGUCUGUAUAGGGGGGGGAGCAGGAGAGAGAAACCGCUUUUAAAUGAAAAAUAUUUUAAAAGCACCUGAACAGAGCUGCCAAUCAGCUGGGGAAAGAGGAUUUUUGCUGCCUGCUUCCUUAUUAUAUUUCUUACUGCAAGCCUGCUGUGCAAUCUAGGAAAUACUGUGUGUUACAGACAGAGACAUCAAUCCCAGCUCACUCCCCCCCCCCCUUUUUUUUUUUUCUUGCCUGAAUUAGAAGCUCCAGGAAUGUGCUAAUUGGCGGCGGCCUCUUCAGAGAGGUAAAAGACAUACAUAAAGAAAGAGCGAGACCUUGCUCCAAAGAACCCAGUGUGUUUGUGUCCUGCUCUCUUACUGAUCCACAGGGGAGGAGAUUACUACAGCUCCCAGAGGGAGUGCGAGCGAUUUGCUCUACAAGAUCCAUUUGUCGUCAAAUUACACGUCUUGUCAGCAGUGUCCGACCAGUGACUCAAACCAGACACACAGUUUAUUCCUAAAUGCUGAACAGUGCAAAGGAAAAUGGAUCGUGUUAUGUGAAGGCACUGAGAAAAUAGUCAUCAGAUCCUGAGAGGAAGAAGGCACUUGUGGAACUCAGAUUGAGGGAUUUUAAUGGCUUUCAGGUAGAAGCCAAGUGGAGACAAUCAAAAUGAAUUCUAUGGACAGGCACAUACAGCAGACCAAUGACCGGCUGCAGUGCAUAAAACAGCACUUACAGAAUCCUGCAAACUUCCAUAAUGCAGCUACAGAGCUCCUGGACUGGUGUGGAGACCCGAGAGCUUUCCAGAGACCUUUUGAGCAGAGUCUGAUGGGCUGUUUGACGGUUGUUAGUCGAGUGGCAGCACAGCAAGGAUUUGACUUGGAUCUUGGAUACAGGCUACUGGCCGUAUGUGCAGCCAACAGGGACAAAUUCACUCCAAAAUCAGCUGCGCUGCUUUCGUCGUGGUGUGAGGAGUUGGGACGGCUCUUGCUGCUUCGUCACCAGAAAAGCCGGCAAAACGAUCCUCCCGGGAAGCUACCCAUGCAACCCCCCAUGAACUCUAUGAGCUCCAUGAAACCCACGCUCUCUCAUAGUGAUGGGUCUUUCCCCUAUGACUCUGUUCCUUGGCAGCAAAACACCAACCAACCACCAGGUUCUUUAUCAGUGGUCACUACAGUAUGGGGUGUGACUAAUACCUCCCAAAGCCAGGUGCUGGGAAACCCAAUGGCAAAUGCCAAUAACCCUAUGAACCCAGCAGGAAACCCCAUGGCUUCUGGGAUGACUACAAGCAACCCUGGCAUUAAUUCCCCUCAGUUUGCUGGGCAGCAGCAGCAGUUUUCAGCCAAGGCAGGCUCUGCUCAACCCUAUAUGCAGCAGGGCAUGUACGGGAGACCCAACUAUCCCGGAAGUGGAGGCUUUGGCGGGAGUUACCCUGGCGGCCCAAAUACUCCUGCGGGAAUGGGGAUCCCUCCACACACGAGGCCGCCUGCAGAUUUCACUCAGCCGGCUGCAGCUGCCGCCGCAGCUGCAGUCGCAGCUGCCGCCGCCACAGCAACAGCGACAGCUACAGCCACUGUAGCAGCCCUUCAGGAAACCCAGAACAAGGACAUGAACCAGUACGGACCGGUUUGUUCCUCUUUCCAGAUGGGUCCAACUCAGGCUUACAACAGCCAGUUCAUGAAUCAACCUGGCCCUCGCGGCCCUGCUUCUAUGCCAGGCAGCAUGAACCCAGCGAGCAUGGGAGCCGGAAUGACGCCUUCCAGCAUGAGCGGGCCACCUAUGGGUAUGAGCCAGCCGAGGCCCCCUGGGAUAAGCCCCUUCAGCAGCCAUGGGCAGAGGAUGCCGCAGCAAGCUUACCCAGGUCCACGCCCCCAGUCUUUGCCUAUACAGGGCAUGAAGAGACCGUACCCAGGAGAGCCAAAUUACGGAAACCAGCAAUAUGGACCAAAUAGCCAGUUUCCUACCCAGCCUGGUCAGUAUCCAACUCCCAACCCUCCAAGACCUCUUACGUCUCCUAAUUAUCCUGGACAGAGGAUGCCUACCCAGCAAAAUACAGGGCAGUACCCACCUCCAACAGUCAACAUGGGACAGUAUUACAAGCCAUCAAGGCCUGUACCUGUGGCAAAUUACCCUCACUCACCGGUUCCAGGAAACCCCACACCACCCAUGACUCCAGGGAGCAGUAUUCCACCAUACCUGUCACCUAACCAGGAUGUCAAACCACCAUUCCCACCUGACAUUAAGCCAAAUAUCAAUGCUUUACCGCCACCGCCAAAUGCUAAAGGGAAAGUUCACACUUUCUCUCCCUCUUCGAUCCCAGCCAACCACAAUGAUGAGCUGCGUCUGACGUUCCCUGUGAGAGAUGGGGUGGUGUUGGAGCCCUUUCGGCUGGAGCACAACCUGGCAGUCAGUAACCAUGUCUUUCACCUACGGCCAACCGUCCAUCAGACGCUGAUGUGGAGGUCUGACUUGGAGCUGCAGUUCAAGUGCUACCACCACGAAGACAGACAAAUGAACACAAACUGGCCAGCAUCGGUCCAGGUCAGCGUUAAUGCAACCCCUCUUACCAUUGAACGUGGCGACAACAAGACAUCUCAUAAACCUCUGCACCUAAAGCACGUCUGUCAGCCGGGAAGAAACACAAUUCAAAUUACAGUCACAGCAUGUUGUUGUUCACACUUGUUCGUGUUGCAGUUAGUGCACCGGCCAUCAGUUCGUUCUGUGCUUCAAGGCUUGCUAAAGAAACGUCUUCUCCCUGCGGAACAUUGUAUCACUAAGAUCAAGAGGAACUUCAGCAGCGUGGCAGCCUCCUCUGGCAAUGCAACACUAAAUGGUGAGGAUGGAGUGGAGCAGACAGCUAUUAAAGUGUCUCUGAAAUGUCCAAUCACAUUCCGGCGAAUCCAGCUCCCAGCGAGAGGCCAUGAUUGCAAGCAUGUACAAUGCUUUGAUCUGGAAUCUUACUUGCAACUGAACUGUGAACGAGGAACUUGGAGGUGUCCUGUAUGCAAUAAAACUGCUCUACUGGAGGGCUUGGAGGUCGACCAGUAUAUGUGGGGUAUUCUGAAUGCUAUACAAAACUCUGAGUUUGAAGAAGUUACAAUCGACCCAACAUGCAGUUGGAGGCCAGUCCCUAUAAAGUCAGAUAUUCACAUCAAAGAUGAUCCAGAUGGCAUUCCUUCCAAGAGAUUUAAAACCAUGAGUCCCAGCCAGAUGAUCAUGCCAAAUGUGAUGGAGAUGAUUGCAGCUUUGGGUCCUGGCCCGUCACCUUACCCAUCCCUUCCACCUCCACCAGGGGGCAAUAACUCCACUGAGUAUGGUAACCAAGAAGGCCACAUACUGCUGAGGGUGAUAACCAUGGAGAAGCUUGGGCCAGUGGGCUGCCGUCUGAGCCUGCAGUCCUGUACAUGCAACAAUUACCAAGGUCAUGGCAAUUUUGAUUUCCCUCAUGGGAAUCCUGGUGGAACUUCUAUGAAUGACUUCAUGCAUGGGCCACAGCUGUCUCACCCUCCAGACAUGCCCAGCAGCAUGGCAGCUCUUGACAAACCCCUCAGUCACCCCAUGCAAGAAUCAAUCCCUCAUCCUGGCAGCACUGAUCAAUCCCAUAGUUCCAUGCAGCAAGGUUUGCACGUACCUCACCCCAGCAGCCAGUCAGGGCAGCCAUUACAUCACAGUGGUCCUCCUACCCAGCAGUCCCGGCAGCCGCCACAGGCCGCUUCUAGCAACCAUCCACACAGUGACCUGACUUUUAACCCCUCCUCAGCCUUAGAAGGUCAGGCUGGUGGACAGGGAGCAUCUGACAUGCCGGAGCCCUCACUGGAUCUGCUUCCAGAACUCACAAAUCCAGAUGAGCUGCUUUCAUACCUAGAUCCUCCCGACCUGCCAAGCAAUAGCAAUGACGACCUUCUCUCUCUCUUUGAGAACAACUGAAACCCUAUGUAUUUUCCCCACUCCCUCACUUGUCCACAUGUGGGUAGCUGCACAAAGAAGAAUCUUCACACUCCCACAGAAAAACCAACAAACUCAGACUUGAUUGAAUGGUGCACUCCCUGCUUUCCUCAUCUCAGAACUGGUUUUGUCAGCUUCACUGACUGUGAAAGCAAUGGGAGGGGGAAAAAAGAAAGAAAUGCAAUGAUCUCACAAGGAAGCAUAGACAAUAGUGCAGCUAAUGGAAACCCCAUUCAUUGUUAAUCUAUAGAGAGAGAGUUCUGUGAUACACAUAGUGUGAAGUAUACUGGCAAGAACCAAUCUUGGCAAGGAAACAAAAGGCAAAAGAAUGGAACUGUCCUAAUUGACCGGUCUCAGAAUGUCCUUCCAACGAGUGUUCUUCCAUUUUUUUGAAACCCUUCCCCCACUUUCCCUCUUUCUCCCCUCAACUGCAGAUUUGUGUUGGACAAAUUGUAUUGGCCACACACUUAAAGGAAAACAAACAAACAUCUUAAUCACCAAAAAGCACAAAUAAUACAAUAAAAAUCAAAAGUCUGGAAGAAAUGAAUCAAAGGGAGACAUCUGCAUAACUAAUGUUUGUCUUCAGUAGAGGAGCCCUGAGAAUCUCCAGGCUGCAGACAAUGUGUGUUUGUGUUUAUAAAGCGUAGGAAUCUGCGACACCUGUUUGCAAGGGAUCCCUCUGCUUAGACAUACAGACUCGGAAAAAAAACCUUUAAAUUUGUUUUGGGGUUUUUUGUGGGGGUUUUGGUUUCCAAUCACUACCAUUUGUGACUGUGUUGUUAUCCAAUUGUUGACAUGAUUAUUUUUAUCCCAUAUAUCCAUUCAAAGCAGAAAAAGAGCGGGGAGGGAGUGUAAAAAGUUUUCUGUCUCCCAGAGCCUUCAGUGUGUUCCAUCUCUGUGUCAUUAGAUCCUCUGUACUGCACAAUACAUAGCAGGACAAGCUGGAUGAAGGCGGGGAAGAGCUCACUGCCGGAUGGGGAGAGUGACAUCACUCUUGGCAAUUUUUUUUUUUUAAGAGCUUGAAAGGAGCAUUGAAAUUGGACAGACACCUUAGAGCUUCUCUUUUAUUUUGCUUUGUGUUUUGUUUACAAGACUGUUACAAGUAAUUAAGCCUUUUUCCGCCUUGUUUUUUUAACUCUUUAGCAGCCCAGGAUGUUUUAUUUUUCAAGAAGGAUGGGCCUGGGGAGAAUAAGUAAUUGUUGGUAGGUUACUACUGCCCUCAACAGACCCUGCUGCCACAAUCACUGUCUUGCCCUUGUGAUCUGUGCUUCUCGUGUGGUUGCUUCUCCUGCAUGAGCUUCCUAUUGCUUCCUAUUGCUUUCCUAUUGCCCAUUUUUGUGCGUGCGCUCUCGCGCUCUCAUAAAUUAUGUACAGUAGCCGUGUAAAAAGUGCAUGUGUGCCAACUUUGCCCUCGUGGUGCGACAUUUCAGCUUUUGCCCACUGUACAGUUAUUGCUUUCUUUAUUACAAAAGCAAAUUUGACCACCACCACCCCAUCCCACAUCCCAUCAAAUAGUCCCUUAGCUGUUCUGAACAAUAUGUUUUAAACUUAACUGCCAGAUGGAAUUUUGUUAGGAUUUUUUUUUUGUCCGUUUGAAUAUGUAAUCUCUGACCCUCCCUCUCCCCCCUGCCCCCAUUUCUCUUUUAGUUUGCAACGCUGUAAAUGGCAUGACAUAUGCUUACAGUUCUGGAUUUGCUUUCCUCACCAAAGUCAAUAUUUGUAAAUUCUUUGCGUAUUUUUUGUUAACAUUUCCCACUACUGCUGUACAUGCAUCGUGAUAUAUAUAUAUGCUAGUCCGCAGCACCUUGCUGUAGAUAUUAAAGGAAAUGGCGGUUUAGUUCUUUUAUUUUGCUGUAGGCGUACUGAAUUUGUCAAACAUUUUAUGUAGAGGUGUUCCCACGCUUAUAUUUUUCCUGUUUUAUGGUUUUUUUAAAAGGCGCUGUUCAUUAUGCAAAAUCAAUUAUUUUAAGAAUUGCUAUUGUAAAUAUCUUUGUGAAUAUUUUAGGAUCGUCUUUGAUUAUAUUCAACAUUUUCAUCAUCUGGUUAUCCUUUUGCUGGUGUUUUUAAAUACCUUGUCUGGGGGGGAAAAAAGAGGGGGUCCUUUAAAAAAAAAGUAGGGUUCUUUAACAGAAUGAGGGAGCAUUUUUUUCUUUAAUAAAUUAGCCCAAUUUUCAUAUCCAUUUCUCAAAUGACUUGAUACAUCAGGCAGUACCUGGGCAAUCAGGUUCCAGCUCUGUCAUGCAAACUGAAUAAUAAUUUCCUGGGGCAAAAAAUAAUCUUCAUUGACUGUGUGGGUGAUUAUGGGCUGGUUAGUGGCAGACAUUUUGCCUAAAUCAGCAGAACCCAAAGAGCCAGCCCUGAAAACAAGUAAACUUACACUAAGGCAAGCAGCAAGUAUAUAAGAUACAAUAUGUAUAUCAUUUUCUGGUCCUCCAGCCUUUGAGACUGGAGCUAACACUUGAAGGUGUUGGUGGGUGGGGCAGGGAAACAGUACAGUAUGUUUUAUUCUGCUUAGAACUGUCUUUUUCUUCUCUAGACUUGACCACCUGUAGAGGAUCUCUGCAGAAUGUUAAAGAUAUCUUGGUAUAAUACAUGGUGACGUGGUUGUGGUGUAGUGCCACUCUCACGCAAUUAGUAGGAAAGACCAUCCUUCAGUUACCAAUGUGUUUUGUAGCCGGUUUUACUGUAGUAGUUUUCCCCCUGUAUUUUUGCUGCAUCAUUUAUGUAGGUGUUGAAGUCAUUUGCAUGGGCGGAUAAUGAUAAACUGACUUUGUAUUGCCUUUAGGUAUUUGGGGGUUUUUAGUCAUAGAUCUUGGAAUAAAGAACACUUCUCACUCUGAGUUGGAAUUGGUUGCUCGGAUUCUGUAAUUGAUUCUGUUAAUGAUUAUUUAAUUGCUCUACCCCAUUGCUGCUCGAGCAGCUGGCUAAAUUAGUCACCUGAAAUGAUUCGUCUAUUAAAAUGAGCCUAUGCUUUUCAAACCAGAUAUGUUAAGAAUCAAUCUAUUGCUAAUUGGUAGUCGUCUAACUGUAUCGUGUAGAGGUACCUGUUGGGAAACAUAAACAGAAAAACCCACAGAGAACAGCAACGUGGGUGGGGUGGUUUUCUACGUUGUACAUUAAUAACAGAGAAUUAAAUGAACAUUUUAAGCCUACAGAAACACUUGGUUCCUAAGCAAAAGUGACACUAGGAUUUUUAGCCAUCGUCAAACUGUCAGAAAUUUGAGACAGUUUCAAAACUGUUCGUCAGCUGACGUCAGGUACUGUACAAUAGAUUCAGUAUGAAAAAACUUCUAAAUGAAAACAUGGAUAAUUCUUAAUCUGUUCACUGCCAUAAUGUUAAAAUGUAGGGAAAGACCUACCAAACAGGAUUAUCACAGUUAUUUUCCUUUAAAGCUUAAUUAUUAUAUCAAAUUCCCAGUAGUGUUUUAAUCUGUUUUUUGGUUUUUAAAAAUUGUUUCCUUAUGGAAGCUCAUCUGGGAAAGAACCCACAACAAUCUACAGUUCUGCUGCCAAGACAUUAUAGGACUGACCGAUCGAUACACACCGAUGUCUGCAGUGGAGACUCAAGGGACAUCUGUACAUAUGUAAAUGAUGAAUAGAGACAUGUUAACAGAAACGCAUUCAUUUUCCUUGGAAUGUGCAUUGUUUUUAUUUUGCAGGAAAAAAAAAAGCUUGAAGCUCCAUCUUAUGUGGAAAAUGAAUCCUGUUCGUUAGCGUUUGUGAAGUCUCAGCAUUUGUUUCACUUUCACUUCUGUAAUAUACUCUGACCCUUUGUGGAAAGAAUUUUUUGUUUUGUUUUGUUUUUGUUUUACCUACAUGUAAUAAUUAGCUUAAGUGUACUAGUCUAUCACCUGUGUAUUUUUAGGGUGCUACAGAAAUAAUGAAGAAAAUAAGGGGAUUUAAAAAAAUUGUAACCAAAUUCAUACUUUGUACAAUUUUUGAUAUCAUGAUCAGAGGAGAAUUUAAAAAAAAGUACAAUCUGAAGUAACAUGCAAAAAUGGCCAUUGUCUUUGUUUGUACAUUGUAUGUACAGUACAAUGCAAUCAUUUCAUACUUUAAACUGGUCAGAAAAAAUAAUUGUGAUUUUUAGUCUUGCAAAACUGUAUGUAGUUAGAUGAUGUGACAACCUAAUAUUUAUCUAAUAAAUAUGUAUUCAGAUGAAACCUGUA